AUGCUAUGGCUACAGGUAUUCCCUCUCACAUCCCUCAUCUCUUUUCUCUUUUUCCCACCCGUUUCCUUUUCAGGUUGGUGCUCUUGUAGCACUGGCAGUUGUUGUCCAUGCGCAGACAACUCCCUUGUUCCCGGUGGCCUGUGAACUCAAUGUGCUCAUUGUGCUCGACCGAUCCGACUCCGUGAAAGGAGGCUUCAAUAAGAGUAGAAAGUUUGUGACGGACGUCUCCGAAGAGCUACAAAUCGGUCCCGAGAAGCACAGAGUGGCGAUGAUCGUCUACUCGGGACUCAGCUACCGACGAGAAGUGCUCCCGUGGAACUUUGCCAAAACGAACGAAGAGUUUGUCGCCAAAACGAACGCAUUGAGAGCCAUUGGAGGAACUACAAACACCAAAAAGGUGAGUGAAGUUCCACAUUACAACGUGCUGGAUCAUCACACAUUUACACUUUAUUUUGGUCUUGAUAGUAGAUCGAAAUACCCCGUGAUUUAUGUGUUUUUACGGUCAUUCGACCGAAAUUCCAAGUCCUAGACAGUCUUUUUUGUUGAUUUUUACGGGGUCAAAGGUGAUUGUGUUGCCAGGCACUGGAAGUCGGUCUAGAGUUGAUGGCCCAAAGAAACGUGUCCAUUCCGACGCUUGUGAUGGUUGUGACGGACGGAAGAUCGGCCGAUGAUCCGAAGGGACCAGCACAGGCUCUGCAGCAACAGGCAAACACGUGGGUGUUCGCGGCAGCCACUGGAGAUCCGGAGAAGGUUGACACGUAAGCAAAAGACACGUGGAGGGGACUGCAUCAGAUGGCAUUGCAGGAGAGAACUGAUGGAUAUCACUGGAAACAUCAACCACAUUGUGAUGCACAGAGGCAGAGUUCUCGCCACGGACAUUACGAGAAGGCUCCUGAGGGAGGCACAGGACAAGUGCAGAACAACUACCACCACCACAACGACAACGACUACGACUACCACAACUACCACUACCACUACGGACCCGAUUACAGGUGCCCUUAAGUGUCUCUUCUGUUCUGAAACUAACAUGUUUCAGGAUGCGAACUUGACCUUGUUCUGGUUCUUGACUUCUCCACAACCACAGAUCCUGUAUAUAAUUCCUACAAAGAUUUGAGUAAACGACUGGUCUCCCAACUGAAAAUAGGACCCCAUCAUACCCAGGUAUUUAUAUACAUCUAUUCCACUCCCUAUCGUUGUUCAGGUCGCUGCUGUCACUUUUGCCACAGUCGGCCGUACUCGAGUCAGAUUCAAUCUGAAAAAGUAUCAGACUCAAGAAGACGUUCUCCGAGGCAUCGACAAUCUGAAGUCGAAAGGAGGAACCACUGCCAUCGGUAGGAAAUCGGGAAAAAACUCGUCUUCCAAAAUAUAUUUAGGUGCUGGAAUUGAGAAAGCGCUGACCCAGUUGGAUGAAUCAGAAGGAGCUCGUCCCGGAAUCGCUACGAAAGUGAUGGUUGUGUUCACGGACGGAUGGAGCAACAAGGGACCGGAUCCGGAGAAGCGGGCCAAGGACGCGCUGAAUGCGGGCUUCGAGAUGUACACGGUCGCCUACACGGUACGUGAUGGGAUGACCUCCAACUAGCCGCUUCCUGUCACUUCCCCAUAUCAAUUUAGGUUUGAUUCAAACGUGUUUCGAUUGCUAUUCAAGCAGUAAUAGUAACAGUGUUAGUUUCCCCUCUAUCACAUGUCAUGUUAGCGGAAAGGGAGGCAUGUGACCGUUGAGUAGCCGCGUCUCGGCCGGGAGGGGGGGGGGCAGACUGAGAGCGCAUUGUGAGUGAGCGAGAGACUCUCUCGUAUGUGUAUGUACUGAGGAGCGUAAAUAUUGUCCGGUCCUCUGGUGUAGUGGUUAUCACGUCUGCUUCACACGCAGAAGGUCGCCGGUUCGAACCCGGCGAGGACCUAGUUUUGGGCUUUAAUUUUAUGGUUGAAUUUCAGGCGAAGACUCCAGGAGCAGUGACCCUGAACAAUGAGACGCUGUCGGCAAUCUCCGGUGACUCUGCCCACACAUUCACGGACGUGACAUUCCAAAGGCUUGUCGACAAAAUCAAGCAAAGAAAUCUGCCAUGUAUGCCAUAA